AUGACGAGUCAGCUUGACAAGCUUCCCCAUGAACUCCUGAUAGGGAUCCUGUCAUGCUUGCCCAAGAUAGACCUCAAGCAAGCCCGCCUUUCCUGCCAUCGCCUACGCAAUGCCGGAGACCCUGAGCUCUUUCGGCGCGUCUAUUUCGCCCCACGAGAGAAGUCCAUGGACGCCUUCAAACACAUCGCUGCGAAUCCUGCCUUCAACCGACACAUGACCGAGGUCAUAUAUGACGGAAGGUUGUUCCAACAACACUUCUUGGAACCCGAAAUGUACUACAGAGCGUACAAUUUACAUGUCCGAGCGCAGGGCGAGGAUGGAGAAAGAGGUAUAUUGGCGGAUUGUGACAGGGCGGAGAAAGAGAUAAGGAGAGAUAUGAAGGAUAUCAAAAGUACCGGCUCUAAACCCUCCGAGAGGGAGCACGCCGCUCUGAAGGCUUUGCGGGAGAGGACCUACCAUGGGAGGGUUCUCAAGAGUAUGAAACAAUACGUGCAAUUCUAUAUCCAGCAAGAAAAAAUUCUUGACACGGGCAGGGAUAGAGAUGUGCUCUUCGCUGGUUUGAAGCAGAUGCCCAAGGUCUACAGGCUUUCGAUAAUCGAUCAAUUUCCCAAGGCGGAUCAUGCGUCGGGCAUGGAUCAUGGCUGGUACCAAAAAGCGUCUACCAAAAGCUUUGGCUGCUCCCUAGAACCGAUGGGAUGGCCUGUAAGAUACCGGAAUGGACUCAGAAUCGUCUCAGACGAAGAGGUCAGACCAGCUAACGGGCCCUGGGACUGCCGUGGUAUCGUGAAUAUUUUGAAGGCUGCUGCAACGCACAACCCGAAAAUAGACAACUUCGAACUUGGACUAGAACGCUCCAAUGCCCCAAUGAAAAUCUUCCAAAUGCUCUCCAAGGAUCGAACCUCAAUCCACAACAUAGCUCGCGGCCUGAAUGAUUUGGUGCUCAAUGUGAGCCCACCCUGGGCUAGUGCUAAUACCACCCAUUGUUCUACGCCUGAGGAGGUUGCAUGCUUGAAGUCUAUAUUGCAACAGACUACAGAACUUUUCUCUCUAGUUGCUAACAUUUUUCUUACCUAUAAUCAGUGGAAGGACGUAUUCUCUGAGCUCUAUUUCCCCCAUCUGAUUACGUUGCACUUGGGCCGUCUGGCGUGCUGGACACCCAAUGGUUUGAUAGAUCUGCUCGAACGGCACAAAGCUUCACUUCGGGAGCUGAAGAUCUGCGAAGCCGACAUGAACGCCGAAGAAGGAACUUGGAAGGACGUUGCGCAACGGCUGGGUCAGUCUUUAAAUCUGCGUUACAUAGGACUGGUCAGCCUGGAAGAUGCUCUGCAGAUUGGCCGCUUCCAAUACUCCUAUGAUGGCUAUUUCAUGUUGGCCAUGCUGUUCAUGCCCUCCUAUUCGCCUUAA